AUGAAGUACGUUCUGGUUUCUGGAGGUGUCAUCUCCGGCGUUGGCAAGGGCAUUAUCGCCUCCAGCUGUGGGUUGCUCUUCAAGACGGCGGGUUUGACCGUCUCUUCUAUCAAGAUCGACCCCUACCUGAAUAUCGAUGCUGGUCUUAUGAACGUUUCGAUACAGCCUCUAGAACACGGUGAAGUGUUCGUUUGCGACGACGGUGCAGAAACAGAUCUAGAUCUUGGAAACUAUGAGCGCUAUCUUGGCGUUACUCUUGGCGGUGACAACAAUAUCACCACCGGCAAGAUCUACCACCAUGUCAUCACCAAGGAGCGUCGUGGAGAUUACCUCGGAAAGACUGUGCAGAUCGUCCCCCAUCUGACGAAUGAAAUCCAGAACUGGGUUGAGAAGGUCGCCAAGGUUUCUGUGGAUGAGUCUGGAAGGGAGCCUGAUGUCUGUAUCAGUAAGUUCACCCGAGCAAAUCAUGUGUUAGGGCUUGCUAACGCCUGUAUCAGUCGAAGUGAGUACAGGGAAACACCGUUGGGCGGUACUGUUGGAGACAUCGAGAGCGCACCAUUCGUUGAGGCCAUGGCUCAGCUCCAAAGACGAGUUGGCAAGGACAACUUCCUUCAGAUCCAAGUCAGCUAUGUUCCUCUGAUUGGCUCGGAGCAGAAGACCAAGCCUACACAGAGGGCCAUCAGUGAUGUCCGUAGUGCUGGUCUCAGACCUGACAUCAUUGCAUGCCGCUGCGAGACACCCCUGGAGGAGGCAACUAUUCAAAAGAUCGCCAAUUCUUGCCAAGUGGAACGGAACCAAGUUGUUGGCGUACAUAACGUCUCUACCACAUAUCAGGUCCCCAUCCUUCUGGCGCAACAGGGAUUCCUCAGUACUCUUAGUGAACUCCUUAAAACCGACUCUAUCUCUAAGGAUCAGAAGCUUAUUGACAGUGGUAAGCUCAUCUGGCAGGAAUGGCAGGGCUUGGCUAUGAACCAAGUGCAUUCCCUUGAGACUGUGACGAUUGCCUUGAUUGGUAAAUACACAAGCUUGCAUGACUCAUAUAUGAGUGUGAGCAAGGCGCUGGAACAUGCGUCCAUGCAUUGCCGCAAGAAGCUGAAUCUGAUCUGGAUCGAAUCGACUCAUCUUGAAGAUGAGCACAAGACAAACAACCCUGCGGAAUACUAUUCCGCGUGGCACAACUUGACCACCGCCAACGGGGUUCUUGUCCCCGGUGGCUUUGGUUCGAGAGGUACGACCGGUAUGGUUUUGGCUGCCCAAUGGGCCCGUACCAACAACGUUCCCUACCUUGGUAUUUGCCUUGGUAUGCAAUUGGCUGUGGUCGAGUAUGCUCGGCAUGUCUGCGGUAUGGAUAAGGCAAGCAGCGCCGAGUUCGAUGAGACCUGCGAGCAGCCUGUUAUCAUCUACAUGCCUGAGAUCGAUAAGACUAAGAUGGGUGGUACAAUGCGCCUUGGAAAGCGGGCGACUGUGUUCCAGCCUGGUACUGAAUGGUCUCGCCUGCGCAAGCUGUACGGGGAGAAGCAGGAGAUCUGGGAAAGACAUCGCCACCGUUAUGAGGUGAACCCUGAGCUUAUCGGCCAGCUGGAGCAGGGUGGACUGUCCUUCAUUGGAAAGGACGAGGCCGGCGAGCGUAUGGAAGUCAUUGAAUUGAAGGAUCAUAAGUGGUACGUCGGAGUACAAUUCCACCCUGAGUACCUGAGCCGAGUCCUUGCGCCCAGCAAGACCUUCUUGGGCUUCUUCGCCGCUGCUGCCGGAUGCCUCGAAGAGAUCACCGAGGCUUAUAAGGACCGUCACGAUCUCAGUUCCAAAUUGCCUAUGGUUUAG